AUGGAGAGGAUUCGACUAGUUGAAAAAGUUGUGAUUGUUCCAGAAAAACCAACACCUCGUAAACGAAUGUUUUUAUCAAACAUUGACUUGUCACUUGUUGUUUACCAAGAUUCUGCCUCUUUCUUUGAUCCUCCAAGUAACCAAGUAUCUUUCUCAGAUAUUUGUAGCAAGUUAUACAACGCACUUGGUAAAAUGCUUGAUCAUUAUGACUUUAUGGCCGGCCGGCUCGUGCCGAGUUUAGACGAGAAAAAUCGAUUUGAAAUUGAUUGUAACGACGCUGGUAUUGUUGUUGCUGCUGCAAAAACUGAUAGAAAGUUGUGUGAAUUUGGUGUUAUUUCAGCACCUAAUCCAGAGUUAAUGGAAUUGGUUGUUUUCUUGCAUGAACAAGGUGGUGAAGAAGUUGACCUAAAAGAAAUUCCCCUUGCUUCCUUACAGCUGACACAAUUUGGAUGUGGAAGUUUGGCACUAGCUUCUCAUUACAACCACUGCAUCCUCGACGGUAUAGCAAUAAGAGAAUUUGAGACGAAUUUGGCGUCGCUAACACGCGGCGACGAACUCGUGAUAAUACCUAACACAGACAGAACAGUCCUGAAAGCUCGGAAUCCACCAAAGAUAAGCCAUCCACAUUUUGAAUUCUCAAAAUCAACAAACAUAGAGAAUCUAUUCACAGCACGAGGUACAACUAGCAUCAACGUUAAGAAACCCGUUGUAGAGAAUCAAAUUCAUGUACUUCAUUUAUCACCACAAAAUAUUGCAACCCUAAAAAAGAAAGCCCUAGAAAAAACAUCCUUAAAAAACAUCACAACAUUUCAAGUGGUUGCUGCGAAAAUCUGGAAAGCGAGAAGCAUAGCGACAAAGAUCGAAGAAGAUAAACUAUCAACAAUGUUGUUUCCGGUCGAUGUUCGAAAAAAGGUUGUCCCCGAACUUCCGAUCGGAUUCGCAGGAAAUGCAUUAGUUCCUGGUUUUACAAGAUCAACUGUGAAGGAGUUAAUUGAACAAGGAGAUGAUUAUGCUAUAAGAAAAGUGCAAGAAGGGAUUGAGAGAUUGAAUGAUGAGUAUAUUAAAUCGGGUAUAGAUUGGUUAGAGUUGAACAAAGGUGUGCCUUGUAAUGAAGAUAGUUUUUCUUUGGUUGCAUGGUGGAGAUUAGGGUUAGAGAAUGAAGUUUUUGCUUGGGGGAGAUUGAAGUGUGCUACUCCACUUAUUGUUAAGCAUGGUUUGGUUAUGCUGUUACCAGGAGGAAAAGAUGAAGGGGGGAUUAAUAUAUGUUUGAGCUUACCUCAUGAUGAAUUGGAAGAAUUUUGUAGGAUAAUGUUGGAAACUUAG